AAUCACAAUGCAAACAAUAAUUGAAAAUCCUUGUAUUUCAAUUAAAAGUCCAACAACCAAACCGUGACAAUGUAAUUACAAGGAACCCCAACCUUUUUAAUACUAUUGUACACUAUUACCUAUAAUAUCCUCCUCAUUAAUAACGGCUACUGACUUUACUAAAUUACAUGAAUUCCCUGAUUAAAUGAAGCCAACAAACUCCACAACUCAAACAGCUGGUCUAGGAUUUUUACAGCCAAACAAUUAUAAUAAUAAUAAUAAUAAUAAAUAGCAAAUAUAUAAAUUAGAUAUAACCCCAUUUCCUAGUAGCCUAGCACUUGCCGUAAAAUGCCAUAAAAGCAAGGACGGCAAUAAUCAAUUGAAACUUUCACACCCACUUUCUGAAUAUACAUAUUCUAGUGAUAGUAAUUUCACAGGACAAAAGGUCCAACAAGCUUAAAACAAAUUCCACCUGUAACAACUACCUCCAUUGAUAACUGUCAACAAACAUCUGUACCUAAGUAAAUCAGAUGGAGUUUACUCUCUUUCUUACUAAGAAAAAGAAAAAAAAGAAGACAUAAACUUCAGUGCCUAACACGUUUGCCCAAACAUUUUCUUUAUGGGGUUUGAUGAUCUAUGGCAGUUUUUGGUACUUUUCUUCACUCUGAUUGCAUCUUCUUGUUGGCUCUAUACCUCAAUCUAAAGCUCUAUGAUACUUGACUAGCACACUUCAUAUCUAAGGUACUUGACUAGUUUUUUUCCAGCAAUGUCUUCUCCACAUAACAGAAUAAUUGUUAGGACCAUAGUCAUCACGGCUGCAAUCACCCUAGUUUUUACGGUCAUCUUCAUCUUUUUCUACUACAAAUUUUAUAAUGCUCGUCGCCGAGAGAAUUAUAAGGUUAAGGCUAGUUUUCGGCGAGAAGAGGUUAUGAUGACUUGUGAAGAGUUCAAGCAGCCUAGCAGAAAUGUCAAAGAUCUGAGGGGUUAUGGAAAUGGAAGGGAUGCUGUUAGUAUGAGAAAACUAGAAGAUGAUCAGCUUAAGAAUAAUUUUCCUAAGUUUGUGUUUAACCCGAGUUACAAAGAAGAGGAAGAAGAGGAAGAAGCAGAAGAGAAGAGAGUGGAUGCUGAAGAAGAGAAACACGAAAAGUUUGAACCUCGUGAAGCUCCACUGCUUCAUGAACCAUCAUCUGAUCAGAUAGUUUCUGAUAAAAUGGGGAAACCAUUUCAGCAGAACCAAAAUCUACCAGCUCCAGUUUCAGUACUACAAAUGCAACAUAGGCUGCCACCACAUCCACGAACCUCAUUUAGACAAACUCCACCAGUGGUCCCGAAAAAGCUGACCCCAUCUCCACAACCUGGUCCGACAAAUAAUAGCAUCACAGCCCGGCCACCACCACCACAAUAUCCUCCUCCUCCUCCUUCUCUGCCACCUCCACCACCACCACCUCUCCCAGUAAAACCAAGACCUGCCCUACCACCACAAGUGCCUACGGGUGGUUUGAAUACAUCAAGACGAACCCAAGCUGGACAUACAGGGAUGACAACAAAAAACAUAGAAGAAAAGUCCAGGGAGGAAAGCUCAAACCCUACUAUGGCUGGGCAAACGAAGCUGAAACCACUGCACUGGGACAAGGUUACGGCAGAUGUUGAUCAUUCCACGGUCUGGGAUGAAAUUAAUGACGGUUCACUCAGAUUCGACGAUGAACUUAUGGAAAAUCUAUUUGGAUACUCUACUACCAACACCCAAUCUUAUGAAAGAAGCAACCUUUUCUCAGCUUUCAGCAAAAUGAACUCAGGCCCUCCAACUCAAAUUUUCUUACUGGAUCCCAGAAAAUCACAGAACACCGCAAUUGUCCUAAGAUCACUAGCCAUUUCCCGCAGGGAAAUUCUUGAUGCCCUCACCGAGGGCCAGGGCCAGGAACUCGCUACGGACACCCUUGAAAAGCUUACCAAAAUCUCUCCAACCCAAGAAGAAGUGGCCAAAAUCCUGCAAUUCAGCGGCAACCCAAGUAGACUUGCAGACGCAGAGUCCUUCCUCUACCAUAUCCUCAAAGUUGUUCCUUCGGCAUUCACCCGAUUCGACGCCAUGCUUUUCAAAGCAAAUUACGACCCAGAAAUCCUUCAGUUCAAGGAGUCUCUUCAAACUCUUGAACUAGGCUGCAAGGAGCUAAGAGCUCGAGGUCUCUUCCUCAAACUCCUGGAAGCCAUUCUCAAAGCUGGCAACCGAAUGAAUGCCGGCACUGCCAGAGGCAAUGCCCAAGGUUUCAACCUUAACGCUCUUAAAAAGCUCUCAGAUAUCAGAAGCAAUGAUGGAAAGACCACUUUGCUCCACUUCGUUGUUGAGCAAGUAGCUCGAUCAGAAGGUAAACGUAACGUAAAGAACAGAAAUCAAAUCCUAAUUAGUAAAAGAACCAAUACCCAAAAACCCCAACUAGCCAUUUUUGCAAAUUAUGAUAAUCUCACAGCAGAAGAGAGGGAAAAAGAGUACCUUUUGCUAGGUUUGCCAUUGUUGGAAUCUCUAAGUAGUGAACUCUCGAAUGUAAAGAAAGCAGCCACAGUCGAAUCGGAUAGCUUCGUCAAUGUCUGCAGCUCCCUCGGAGGCCGAGUCUCGGAUAUUCGAAAACGACUCUCGUUCUGCACAAACGACGAGGACAAGUGCUGGUUCGCUAGAGAAAUGAAAGGGUUCUUAGAGGAAUGCGAGGAGGAGAUCAAGGUUGUCCGAGAGGAACAAAUUAGGGUUUUGGAGCUGGUGAAGAAGACGACAGAGUAUUAUUACCAAGCGGGAGCUUCGAAAGUGAAAGGGGUUCAAAACCCAUUUGGGCUUUUCGUGAUCGUGAAGGAUUUUCUCGACAUGAUCGAUCAGGUAUGCGUAGAAACAUGUCGAAGGAUUCAAAAGAAAAACGCAACGAAGAACAGUACGGCAGGGGGUUCGUUAUCGCCUCCGCUGUCGCCGCCAUCAAUGUUGAGUCGGAACAAAUUUCAAAACUUCCAUUCGAACUUCAUGUCGGAUAUGUCCAUGACAUCUUCAAGUAGUGAUUCGGACGAAGAUUUCUGAAGCAGAGUCCAUGAUGAUGAUGAUGUAACGUAAAAUGUAUGUAAAUGUACGUAGUAAUUCAUUAGUCUAAGAACUUCGACACUUCUUUUCCAAACAAGUUUAAGAUUCUUUCUUUCUUUUUCGAGCAAUCCUACUACAUUAUACC